CUUGAUUCAAAGAAUAAAUUACAAUUUCUACCCCGAAUAAACAUCAUUUAUUUAUACGAAAUAAACAACUCGUCUAGGAAAAAUAAUAUAACAGAAAAAAAGCCAUGUCUAGUUGUAACAACAACUGUUAAGGGGUGAUUUUGGAAAUUGUUUUUGACGUCAGUGUUGGUACGUCCAUCGAAGAGUUUCCAUUCGGGGAAUUUUUAAUUAUUGGACCUCGACGUCUGAUAGUUGAAAGGGAGGAGUCUGUAGCCAGCUGAUCGAUUUCAACGGGAAAGUGGAAAACUGCCCUGAAAGCGUAACUACCAGCCUGCUACCUUGUUCCUAAAUUUGGAUCUUGCUAAUGAUAAUAGUGUUGCCGUGCGCGUCCCUUUUUAUCAAUUGAAAUCGUUCGUUAAGUGCUGUGAAAAUUCGUCUGCCUGCUUGCUAAAGUUAUCCUUUCUUGGACCUGGUUGGAAAAUAGGUACGUAGGACAGACUCUUAGCUCAAGGACAUACGCUCGGAAAAUAUGAUGGCGGGGGCAGAUCCGAAAUGGCAGAAAGAUGCGGCAGAUCAAAAUUUCGAUUACAUGUUCAAACUGCUCAUUAUAGGGAACAGUUCUGUAGGAAAGACCUCAUUCUUAUUUCGAUAUGCUGAUGACAGCUUUACGUCUGCUUUUGUCAGUACUGUUGGUAUAGACUUUAAGGUCAAAACCGUCUUUAGGCACGAUAAACGAGUUAAAUUACAAAUUUGGGACACAGCAGGUCAAGAACGCUAUCGAACGAUCACAACGGCUUAUUAUAGGGGUGCAAUGGGAUUCAUAUUAAUGUAUGAUAUAACCAAUGAAGAAUCUUUCAACAGCGUUCAAGACUGGGUCACACAAAUUAAAACCUAUUCGUGGGACAACGCACAGGUAAUUCUAGUAGGGAAUAAAUGUGAUAUGGAGGACGAAAGAGUAAUUAGUUUCGAACGGGGAAAGCAACUGGCCGAGCAGUUAGGGGUGGAAUUUUUCGAAACUAGUGCUAAGGAAAACAUUAAUGUUAAGGCUGUUUUUGAACGCCUAGUGGAUAUAAUAUGCGACAAAAUGUCCGACAGUUUGGACUCAGAUCCUACUUUGGUAAGUGGGAAUGCAAAGGGUCAACGUUUGACCGACGCACCCCAAGGACCUCAGGCUGCUAAUUGCAAUUGUUAAAGUCAACCGUUUAGAUAUAUACGUACAUACAUAUAUGUAUAAUGCGGCCCUUAGCUAAAUAAUAACUUGGCACUUUCAUAAUUUCACAAUAAUUAGGUAUUUGAAUAAAUAUAAAUAAUGUAUAUCUAUUUAAACCAAAAAUGUUACUUCGUACUUUUGCUACCUACAAACUAUUCAUCGUAAAGCUUCACCGUAAUCGAAAAAAAAAAUUGAUUAUGAACUUUACCCGAAAACGUAAAGAUAGCAACGAAAUUCUGUUAAAAAGGAUUUUUUUGUGGUCGUUUAAGAAACGUUUAUAAAGAUAAUCUAAAACUGUGUCAAUAUUUAGACAUAAUUCUGUCUAUGUAGCUAAAAAUAAAUAACAUCUUUGGUAGCAGAAGAAUAGAAUAAUCAAUAAAUGUGAAAAUUUAUUUUCUCUAUGAAAUACUAUUUUGUUGCCAAUGAAUUACUUAUAAAAAAUAUGUUAAAUAUUUUUGCAAACAAGAAAGAGUGGUCUAUAUAUUUAUUAUCAGACCUUCACUUAUCCGUACACUUAAAACAAAAAGCAUAACAGAAAGCUCCCGUAAUAUUUAUAAUUUAUUAUUAAUUAUCGAUAUAUUCUGACCAAGCUCAAAAAUAAUUAGUUUAUUUUUACACACACAGACACAAUACCAAACGAGGCAUUUAUUAGAUUUCCUACCGUUGUUAUCAUCAAAACUGUGUUUUAGAUAGAUGUAAAAAAAUAAUGUUAAAUUAGAGAACGAGUUUUUGUAGACUAUUGAGUGGUAAUGUUGAAAUUUAAGAAAAAAUGACUCUGACUAAUACAGAUGAUAUUGUAAAGUGUGUACACAGCUACAUCAUAAUAGUAUAUACCUAAAUAUAGACGGCUUAACAUAUAGAAAUGCGUGAAACUUUGUAAAAAAGUAAAUCUAAAUGUGUAUAUAAAUCAGUCAUAUUUCCAAUAAACAUUUCAUCAUCUACAAAAUGAAAAACAAAAUUUGUCUUUAAAAUACAAUUAAACGGUCUAGUAGAUAACCAACCACCUAUUCAUCAUUAGACUGAUUCGUUUUGGUACCUACGAGAUAUUUUAAGGUUCACACCUUGACUUCAUGUUUACCAGUGAACCUUACAUUUUCUUUUUAGAAGAAAAACACGCUUGUUUGGAAAAUAUAUUGUGUAGUUAAAAAUACUUAUCUAAAUAUAUUUCACUAAGUAAAUCCUUAAAUUGUAGUAUUGGAUUUAAAAGGGAACUGAAUUUUCUGAAAAUGUUCUUAUGCUAAUAUGUUUGUUAAAUUAAUAAUAAAUCCAAAACAAUAGCUC